UGUUGCAAAGCCAUCAACCGAAGAAAACCUGUCACUAAACAUCAGUUUUUCCAGACUAAAGAAAGUCCAUUUGUAUGUGAUAUAUGUGGAAAAGCCUCCUCCCUUGCAUGUAAGACCGACCAGAAAGACAAUCAGCAAGGUAAAACUAGAGAGAAAAAUAGAGAAAGAUGUAAUACUGACAACAAGCCAUUUGUUUGUGAACAUUGCGGAAAGGGCUUUGCAUGGAAGCGUAACCUGCACACUCAUGAGCGUGUUUACACUGGAGAUAUAUCAUUUGUAUGCAACAAAUGUGGUAAAGGUUUCACACGAAGUGAUUUUCUUACCAAUCAUGAGCGUGUCCACACUGGGGAGAAACCAUUUGUUUGUGACGAUUGUGGGAAAGCCUUUACACUAAAACAUAGUCUGACCGACCAUGAGCGUGUCCACACUGGAGAGAAACCAUUUAUAUGCAAAAAUUGUGGUAAAGCUUUCACACAAAGUCAUCAUCUUACCAUCCACCAGCGUGUCCACACUGGAGAGAAACCAUUUGCUUGUGAGGUUUGUGCCAAAGCAUUCGCCCAUAAGCUUUCACUGACAGUCCACCAGUGUGUCCACACUGGAGAAAAACCAUUUGUUUGUGACAUUUGUGGAAAAGCUUUCACACAGAAGCAGCAGUUGACCAGCCACCAGCGUGUCCACACUGGGGAGAAACCAUUUGUUUGUGACGAUUGUGGGAAAGCCUUUACACUAAAACAUAGUGUGACCAUCCAUAAUCAUGUUCACACUGGAGAGAAACCAUUCUUUUGUGACAUUUGUGGAAAGUGCUUUGCCUAUAAGCUUACUCUGACCAGACAUCAGCGUGCCCACACUGGAAAGAAACCAUUCGUUUGUGACAUUUGUGAAAAGGCUUUCGCACUAAGGGAUACCCUGAUCAUCCACAAUCGUGUCCACGCUGAAGAGAAACCAUUCGUUUGUGACAGUUGUGGAAAAGCUUUUACACAGAAACCUUAUCUGACUGACCAUCGGCGUGUCCACACUGGAGAGAAACCAUUAGUUUGUGACAUUUGUGAAAAAGCUUUCACACUUAAGCAUUAUCUGACCCUCCAUCAACGUGUCCACACUGGAGAAAAACCAUGUGUUUGUGACAUUUGUGGAAAAGCUUUUGCAAAUAGGUCUAACCUGACCGUCCAUCAACGUGUCCACACUGGAGAAAAACCAUUCGUUUGUAACUAUUGUGAAAAAACCUUCUCUCAUCAGCCUCAUCUGACCCGACAUCUGCGUAUUCACACUGGAGAGAAACCAUUUGGCUCAAUGCUGAUUAUUUGCGAAGGCGUUAGUUUUCGA